AGUUGCACUCGAGCCUGUACCAGCAACCCAUUGAAUCAAGCAGAAAGCAAGAUGCGUCUAACACUUCUGGCCCUCAUCGGUGUCCUGUGCCUGGCCUGUGCCUACGCCUUGGAUGAUGCCGAGACCAACGAUCAGGUGGUGGGACUCCUGGACGUCGCCGAUCAGGGAGCGAACCAUGCCAACGAUGGAGCCCGAGAGGCGCGCCAGUGGGGAGGAUACGGAGGAUGGGGUGGUCGCGGCGGAUACGGAGGAUGGGGUGGCCGUGGAGGAUACGGAGGCGGCUGGGGCGGUCGCGGAGGUGGCUGGGGCGGUCGUGGAGGUGGCUGGGGCGGUCGCGGAGGUGGCUGGUAUGGCCGCUAGAACGGCAGACAUCGCUGACCACGCCUCCGGGCCAUUCCGACCACUUGCCAAGUCUGAGGAUCCCCUUUACUG